CAGUCAACAGCUGUUACUCUGUUCACAGUUCGAGUUAAAUGCAUCUUCAGCAGCAAAAGUGUAUACGUUGACCUAAAAAAAACGUUCAUAAUUAGUAUUGAUGUUAUUAACUUACAAAUGCAGUGUCAAUUGUGGUGUAAGAAAUACUCCAACCGUGGCUUAUGAUUCAGUUCAGCGUGCGCGACGUUGAUCAACACUAGACGAAAAAUGUCACGUCGGAGAAACAGAAAAGACACAAAAAAUAUAUUAUAAAGCUCAUUAUGCGCAAGUAUUUAAAUAGAUACAAAAUAAUAUAAAAAUAUGCAAUUGUAUAUUUAGUAUCUGCUUUUAAUUAAUUCGAAAAAAUUGUCAACGUAAAUUGUAGAGUUUUAACAAAGUAGAUAAACAACAACGAAGGCGACGUAGAUUGUGGUGCAUCUCUUAGUGCAAAAAAAAAAAAACAAGUGGAAUAAGUGUGACAAAAGUACAAAAAAAAGUCGGCAGCAUUUGCAGAACAAUAAUAAUACAAAGUAACAACGCAGACGCACACACGUAAACACACACACACACACACGCAGACACAAAACACAUCAGCAAAGCGGAGGCAGGUGGCAGCUCAGUCAACAAUUGUGCCACACAUACAAAAAAAAAAAAAAGAAAAAAUCACUAAGAAUUAUAAACACAAUGAAUCGCAGCGACGGCUUGGUUAGGCGCGCUGUCAAGCCACGCGAGAACGGAGCCGAGGGCGGUGGCGCUGGUGGCCUGAAUGCGAACACGCCGGAUGACAAUCAGGACGCGCUCGACAACAACAAGGAUCAGGAGGAUAACAUUGAUGAUGGCGACUCAAAGGAGACACGACUUACGCUCAUGGAGGAGGUGCUGCUGCUUGGCCUCAAGGAUAAAGAGGGUUACACAUCCUUUUGGAAUGAUUGCAUAUCAAGCGGCUUGCGCGGUUGCAUUCUCAUAGAGCUGGGCCUGCGCGGACGUGUGAUGAUCGAGAAAUCGGGCAUGCGACGACGUGGUCUAUGUACAAGAAAACUGAUAUUGAAAUCGGAUCAGCAGACGGGCGAUGUUUUGUUGGAUGAGGCGCUGAAACACAUCAAGGAAACAGAUCCGCCCGAGACGGUCCAAAGCUGGAUCGAAUAUCUGAGCGGCGAAACUUGGAAUCCAUUGAAGUUGCGAUAUCAACUGAAAAAUGUACGCGAGCGUCUGGCCAAGAACCUCGUGGAGAAAGGUGUGCUUACAACGGAAAAGCAAAACUUUCUGCUCUUUGACAUGACGACACAUCCGCUCAGCGACAAUGUGGUCAAGUGUCGUCUGGUCAAGAAGAUUCAGGAUUCGGUACUCUCGAAGUGGGUUAACGAUCCGCAGCGAAUGGACAAGCGAAUGCUAGCACUUAUCUUUCUGGCGCAUGCCAGUGAUGUCAUCGAGAACGCGUUUGCCCCACUCAACGACGAUGACUACGAGGUGGCCAUGAAACGAGUGCGCGAGCUACUCGAUCUCGACUUUGAAACGGAGGCGGCCAAGCCGAAUGCGAAUGAAAUACUUUGGGCUGUGUUUAUGGCGUUUACGAAAUAGGGCGGUUGCCUAACUACACACUCCUCCCCAAAUCCGGCGACACAUUCAGUUAGCUGCACACACACACACACACACACACACACAUGCAUACCUACCUAUACAUACCCAUUAAAACGUUGGCUACUUGAUUUCUUGGCGAAACGGGUGAUUGCAACACGCCCGCUAUUCGAGUUUUCUUCAGCUAACUUUAAAAUGACAGUGCGAAGCAAGAGCAGUCUAUAGAAGCAUCUAUAUAUAUGUAUAUGUAUAUGUAUAUAUAUAUACAUAUCGCUGUAAUAACUGAUGAAAAAUCAUUCGUUUAUUUCGUUUUUAUUUCAUUUCGCAAUUAAUUUAUGUAAACGAAAUGCUAGCUAAUAGUUGAAUUUUAUAAACAAUCGUAUGCCGUAUUAUUCCAUAAAUUGUGUUCUGUGUAAUUUGAAACUAUUUCGGCAUGCGAAUAAACAUUAUAUCAAAAUUUCAUCAGAGUCGUCGUUGCUUAAAAAUUAUAAUAGUAACUAAGUUGUAAGCUGCAAAAAGAAAAAGAUAAAUUAAAAAACUAAAUAAUUUGAGCUGCGACAGGUUUUUUGUAAUUAUAUAAUAUUAACACUAAUUGUAAGAGCAAAUUCUGAUGCAACAACAAACAUUUGUUUAUAAACCUGCAAAAUGUGUGUUUACCUAUGUUCCAAUUCUAUUAAAUUUAAAAAAUA